AUGAACCCCAUUUCAUACUCUUGCUUAUUGCUCACUUAUAUUAUUCCCAGUGUUAUAUUGCAAUGUGAGCCAGCCUGCGAGUUCAAGCACAUUUUCGUUUCAUCCGAUACAAUAGAAGUGUACCCAUCUUCUUGUGAAACUGUAUGUGGAGAUUUGGUCUUUGAUGCGAACACAGAUUUAUCAGAAUCAGAACUGACUGAGUAUUUUCGUAAUCUAAAAUUUUUGAAUGGAAGUUUAAGAGUGGAGAUGACCAAUUUCAAGUCGCUAGAUUUCUUAUCUUCUCUGGAAUAUUUUCAGUGCCCAGAUUGUAAAUUUAGAAAAUACAAGAGCUCGGAUAGACAUUUUAAUUUAUUUUCAGUCGGGAUGCUGAUAACUCGAAAUUCUAAACUUACAAAUUUAGAUGUCGUUGAAAAUUGGAAAACCGACACUAGAUGUGUUUGGCACAUUCAGGAAAAUGUCAAACUAAAUGCCGAGAAGUUAUGCAGGAAUAUUUCAAGUAGUCGUGGUUACGAAUUAGACUUCUAUGGGAAUUUGAAGGAUUGUGGUUGCCAUUUGGUCCAUAUCGAUUCAUUUUCAAUUCCAUAUUAUCCAAAAUGUACAUCUGUAACAGGAGGUCUUAGAUUCACAAACAUCAACAAUAAUACAAAAAUGGGUGCUGUGAACUUUUUGAAAACUGUGGAUGGACCAAUGGAAAUCUAUGAUACUCUUAUGACUAAUUUAUCUUGUUUCCGGAAUUUAGAGACAAUUCAUGGAGGUUUUUUGAAAAUUCACGAUAAUCCAAAUCUAAAUUAUUUGAAUUGGGGAGGAUUUACUAAAAUUGUUCCUGAUAAUUUCACUGUGCAAAUUUCCAACAACCACCCUGAGUUCUGCCUUUUUGCUAGGGAACUGCAAACUUUUGCAGAAGCAAAUGCAAAUAUAUCUGAAGUAGAUGCAAAAAUUUGCCAUGAAAUUCUAAGAAGAGAUAUGGAAAUCACAUGUGAUACUAAUACUUUUGAUUUGUUACCCGGGAAUUGUAUUCAUAUUUUGGGAGAUGUUAUAGUCCAUUCUGAAGCUGAAAACACUAACAUGCUAUGGAAGCUGGAAACGGUCACCAAUAUUUUUGGAUCUCUUACUAUUCAGAAAACUGAAAAUAUCACAAAUUUGAAGUUUCUGAAGAGUCUGGAACGAAUAGCAAGACUUAAGAAAGAUCAUCCUCCACUUCUCCGAAUUCUUUUCAACAAAUCUCUCAAAAACAUUUCCUUGCCAAAUAUGAAAAAUCCACCGUAUUCUCCAAAACAUGAUCGUCUCAUCGAGAUAAGUGGAAAUUCGUUGGAAAUAUUCAAGACACCAGAUGACUGUGUUUCGUUCCAAAAUUUUACAAAAUCAGUGGUAUUAUACAAUGGAAGGAAUUGCAACCGCCCAAGAUUUCCAGGCAAUUCGGAAAAUCCAAUUUCAGCUGAAAACGAGAUUAUCUCAAAAAAUGAUUUCACAUCAUUUACUGCAAUUCCUUCCAUUGUAUAA